AUGUUGUUUGUUAUUAACAUAUUGGUGUGCGUCACGACUAUGGUAACUGCAAAUCCUAUAGAAAGCUUUACUCCACUUCCGGGAAUCAAUGACACAAGACUGCCAACUAGGAGGAUAUUACGAGGACGACCCGUUGGAGACACCAGGCCAUAUAUGGUUUACUUAAGACCAGCAGCGGCUGCGGAUCCAAAAAUCUUGGAGACAAACUGGCUCUGUGGUGGAGUGAUCAUCCACGAGAGAUACAUUCUCACAUCAGCUGCAUGUAUUGAGGACGCUAAGCAUUUCUACGUCGUGGCUGGAUUAUACAGUUGGUAUCCAUUUCAAGAGAAAAACAACGAAUGCAUUAUGAACGGUGCAAAGAAAGCUAUUUGGAAGUGUGUUCCGAAAUCUUACUACUUCGAUGGCAAUGAUUACGACAACAUUCGCUGGAUGGUCGGCGACAUUGCUGUCGUGAAGGUUGAAGAUAAUUUCAACUUUGAGAGAAGAAUCCGUGGCUGCGACUUUAUACCAAAGAAAGUGGACUUUAACAAUCGAUCAGCUGAAUACGAGAAAGCACAUCAAGUCGGUACAAUCGCUGGAUGGGGUACCACUGAGCGGUUUGGAGAUGAAGAUUUUCAACAGUCUGUUCGACACACAAUAAAUUCUCCAGAGUUGUUGGAGACAGACGUACAGUUGGUCUCCAAGAAGAACUGCAAGCGGCGCUGGGAACGUCGGUACCACUUCAUCAUAGACGAGCAUAUGAUCUGUACGAGGGACAGCACUGAUGAUGAUAACAUGGGCAAUGUGUGCUCGGAACGCGAAGUCAAUUGCAAAGAAUUGGUUUACAGUGACGAUGAGACUAAAGAUUAUGAUGAAGAACCAUCCAAAGCCAGGAGACGUAUGAUGAUAGAGCCGAGUCAACUAGAGAUUCACACAGGACGACAUUUUCUUGAUACUAGAAGAUCCCAUAAAAUUAUAACUGGAGGAUUUUGUGAGAAUGAUCACGGAGGACCCCUGAUCAUCGGGCAGGGAAAGAGUUCCGUGGUAAUCGGAGUCAUGUCUGCUUGCCUCACAAAGGACAUUACCAGAAAAUGCUACGGACCUUUCCUCUUCACCAGCGUGUACCGCUAUAGGAAUCUCAUCACUUGCGCUAUUGACAAGGAUCUUGGACCUACAUGCAAAAGAUUGCUACGGUCUUCGAAAACUCCUAUGAUUGAAACCAAUUUUGAUUGGAGCAACCACGUAGAUGGCCCAGCCAAAGACGAUGACUCAACGCACAAAAUUCGUACUGAUGAUACAGAUCCCGAAUACCGAAAGCAAGUAACAAGAUCAGCCGCAAGAGCAAAAGCCGCAAAAAAAACUAAUACAACUGAUUCUGUCGCCACUUAG